UCCGUCAAACAAGUUUGAUAUGUGUUCUCAGGUAGUUUUCCACUCUUUUUUCUGGUCUAACCACAUUCCUUUGCUACUUUCCGCUCAUUUUCUGAGUAGUUCAUGUAAAAAAGGAAAUUUUUUUUAAAGAUACACGAAAUUGUGCAGCGCAGAUGCCUGAUCUGAUGACGUAAAACACUUCUAGAUUUAUAUUCGGUUGAGCUGACGGGAGGAGUUCGUGUUUGGAAGAAACGGCUUGGUGUUUUGCUAUCCACAGGAUGUUGGAUCCGGGCUUACGGAUGAUACUUAUCUGGGCAGUAAGUCUAGGUCUGCACACAUGUGCUGCACAAGUGUGUGGUCGACCCCUCUUGGAGAACCGAAUUGUUGGGGGAAUUGAUGCAAUUGAUGGAGCCUGGCCAUGGCAGGUGGAUGUUCAGGAUAUCAAGCAUGGCCAUGUGUGCGGAGGGUCGCUCCUCACUCAAGAGUGGGUGCUUUCUGCGGCUCACUGCUUCCCAGACCCCUCUGAUGUGUCCUCCUACAUACUCUACAUGGGUCGCUACCAGCUCAAUGGCUUCAAUCAGUUUGAAGUUUCCAGUGGUGUGAGUCAGGUGGUUGUGCCGCCAGGUUAUUCAGAUCCCCAGCAGGGCCGUGAUGUGGCUCUGGUUCGCCUAGCCAGCCCAGUCACCUGGUCAGAUCACAUCCUGCCCAUUUGCCUUCCUGAUGUCGAUACCUUUUUCCCCAGUGGCAUGCGGUGCUAUGUCACUGGCUGGGGGCAUAUCCAGGAUGGGGUUUCUCUGCCAGGGAUAGGCACCCUUCAACAACUGGAAGUACCAAUCAUUGGGCAGGCAUCCUGUCAGGAGAUGUACCAGGUCCAAUCUACUGAAACUGUGGACAUUUUACCUGAUAUGAUCUGUGCUGGUUUGCAAGAAGGUGGCAAGGACUCUUGCCAGGGGGACUCUGGGGGACCCCUCGUAUGUCCCACGGUGAAUGGGACUUGGGUGCAAGCUGGAGUUGUGAGCUUUGGCCUGGGUUGUGCCCAGGAAAAUCGGCCAGGUGUGUACGCGAAGGUGUCUGCUUUUAUUGAUCUCAUCCGAACUACAGUGCCAGAGGCUCAACUAUUUAGCCGGGCACCUAAAGACAGGGCAAAUUAUAUUGUAGUGCUGACCAAUGUCCUGGCCUCUCUACUCAUAGCACUAUCACUGAGAUAGAUCCUCACAUUACACACCCUCACAAGGUUAUGUGCACUGCACUGUGACACAGACAAGAGUGCCACGUUGGACUGGACAUCAUUCUGCUGCUUGUGUUUUCUGUGGCCUCACUGGAUGGGAUGCUGAUACAGGGAACAAACCCAUGACUGCCAGGAAGGUGAAAGUACAGUAUGUAAAUGCAAAGAAGUGCCUUAUAGUUUUCUGGGUGUCUGUAGUUUCCUUCACAGAAACAAUCACAUGACUGGAUAUUGCAAUUUUCUCUAGUCCUGUUAUUUCACUAGUUCACCAUUUAUCAUUGGGCUGUUAAAUAUGUUUCACAAUACAUUCCUGCAAAUACAUGCUAGAUAAAUGUGCAAAUAAUUUGUGCACCUUUAGACAUUAGAUGAGUCACUAAUAUGCUUCCAUGUAUUCAUUAUACUUCAAUAUGUAGACUUUGUCUAACAGACCUAACCAAUGUCAUAUCAUUCCCUUUUCUCUCGUAAAAGCACAGCAAUAUUACCUUUUUUUAAAUGUUUUGUUGUGAAUUUAAGUAUGAAUAAAUGUUUAACUUUUUGUCAUGAAAA